AUGAAAGCAAUCGCUUUUGCCGCGGCGGUGCUGGGACUGUCCGGUGCGGCGACCGGCCGGAGUCGGUCAAUAAGUCGUCGGUCUUCGAAUCCGCUGAGUGAUCUGUCUGUGACGGCACCGACAUCUGUAUCGAAUUCGACGACGUUUGAGAGUACGCCGUUGAACGCUGCUGGGCUGCCUUGUGAGGAUUCUCCCUUGGUUGAGCAGAGUGGUACGAAGUGUUCGCUGUUAGCCAAGAACGUAGGUCCACUGGGUUGUCAGAGGAUCUUAAGUGAGUUGGCAGCAGAGCGGGGUCGAUCAUUGGAUAAUAUUCCACAGGCAUUUCGAUCUCGUCGUGUUGCUGAUGCAUGUCCACUGAGUUGUGGAUUGUGUUCAACUUGCGCUCCGGGUUGUGCCAAAUGGUUUGUUGGUAAUGGUUGGUGUGAGGAGGCUUGUAAUAAUGCGGCUUGUCAAUUUGACGGUGGCGAUUGCUGGGAGAAGGACUGUGUAGUGGGGCCAUGGUCGGAGUGGUCUGAAUGCUCCAAGGAGUGUGGUCGUGGUGGGUUUCAGACCCGUACUCGUCAGGCGUUGGUUGCCCCUACAGCGAAUGGUAAGCCAUGUCCUGAGUUGGAGGAACGCAAGACCGGCUGCAACGAAGACGUGGCCUGUCCGACAGAUUGCCAACUUACACCUUGGGGUCCUUGGAGUGACUGUGAAGGCUGUGGUGCCAGUCAGCGCACGCGCAAACGCUCCGUCCUAAUUGAACCUAAAGAUGGGGGCGGUGAUUGUCCACCUCUGGAACAGACGCAACCGUGCUUCGAACGAGAGUGUCCGUCUGAAUGUGAGGUCUCAGAAUGGUCCCAAUGGACCGAAUGCUCUACCGCUUGUGGUCCAGGAACGCAAAUCCGCACCAGACACGUUUUGAAGGCUCCCCAGGGCGACUCCGACGGCUGUCCCGACUUAUUGGAGGAACAAGAGUGCGCUGGCAACCUCUGUGACGUAGACAAAUGCCUUACUUCCUUCUGGUCCGACUGGUCACAUUGCAAUACUUCUUGUGGUGGCGGCGUAGCCACAAGGGAACGCGUGCUACUCAAAGGCACUGCCGAAGAGUGCAGCGACAUUCCUUUAACUGAAGAAUUAGUCUGCAACACCCACCCUUGUCCCCAAGACUGCCACAUGGGCGACUGGUCCGAUUGGUCCGUCUGUGAGUCCAGUUGUGGAGAAGGGGCGCAAUUCCGCACCCGUCAAGUCCUAGAACCCACUCUCGCCGGCGGCAAAGCCUGUGGACCACUCACCGAGACUCGUCAGUGUUUUAACCCACCCUGCAGACAAGACUGUCUUGUUUCUUCCUGGUCUUCCUGGUCCAAGUGUGUACUUGCACCCGGUGCCAAGUGUGGCUUCGGCACACGCGUGCGAGAGCGACACGUUGUACAGUUCCCCACAGGCGAGACUGCCGCGGGUUGCCCCAGAUUAUCAGAAUUCAAAGAAUGUCUAGUUGAGUGUACAGAUGAUAAAUACAGAUUCCUACCCACACAGUGCGUCUACUCCGACGACUGGUCAGAAUGGUCAGGCUGCCCUGAUGCCUGCCGCACCCAUGCUGGUGCCGCCGCUGGAGACGGCGAGCCCGAAAUAGUCGCAGAACAGCGACACAGACUCAUUGCGCUCUGGACCGACGCAUGUGAAGACGUAAUUCAAGAAAGAGCUUGCGACUGCGACGACAAGUUGAACGGCGACAAAUCGAACGGCGACCACGAUAAUGGUGACCAAUCGAACGACAAAACCGAUAACGAUAACGAUAAGUCCAGCGAAGACAAGUCCGUACGUAGGUUGCGCGACGAUAAAUCAGGGUGUCUGUUGUCGGAGUGGAGUGACUGGACGCCUUGUUCGGCUCCGUGUGGUGGCAAUGGGCAGCGAACCCGGUACCGGACAGUCUUGAAUGGCGAUUCUGGUUCGUGUGCAUCUGCGUUGUCGGAGACAGAAGUGUGUGGUGUGUCGGCGUGUCCGAGUAAGUGUGAGUUGAGUGAGUGGUCGGCGUGGUCUGAAUGCAGCGCGACGUGUGGGGUGGGUGUGCAAGUCCGUAGCCGCAGUUUGGUUGGCAAAGCACCUUUCGAAUUAAGUGUGUGCGGGGAUCUAGAGCAGGUUGCUGCGUGUGUGGUUGCGGCGUGUGCGGAAGACUGCCUGGUUUCGGACUGGUCAGUGUGGUCUGAGUGUUCGGAGAGUUGUGGGGGCGGGCGUCAGAGUCGGACGCGCAGCGUAGUCAAGGCGACUGUGGGUACUGGGGCUUUGUGUCCACAUCUGGCGGAGGAGCGCGAGUGUGCAACGGAUCCCUGCGACUCAGACUGUGUGGUCUCAGACUGGUCGGAGUGGUCAGGAUGCACGGGAGACUGCGGUGGUCCGGGCAGCCAGACGCGGGUCCGAGAGGUGUUGGCGCCCAAGGCAGGACGCGGGAGUGCGUGUCCGUUGCAGUUGGCGGAAACACGCGUGUGCGAAUUGACGGAGUGUUCGGCGGCAGAUUUGCGGCGGGCGCAGCAAAAGGCAGACUGUCGCUGGGGACCAUGGUCAGAUUGGUCGGGAUGUGCGGGCGACUGUGGUGAAGGACUGCAGGUUCGGGAACGCGCACUGGUGGCGGGUAUCCCGACCCUCUGUGGUGCCGAGACGGAGCGCCAGCAGGCGCCGUGUGUCCUCGAAAGAUGCCGCGCACGCUGCCACGUGGGUCCCUGGUCGAGUUGGUCGGAAUGCAGCGUGAGUUGCGGCGGUGGCGAGCGUUGGCGCAGUCGCGACCUGCUUGCGGCGCCAGUUGGCGACGAGCCCUGUCCUGCGUUGUGGGAGAGCGAGACGUGCAACCUACAGCCGUGUCUUGGCGAGGAGUGCGAGGUCUCCGAGUGGACUGCAUGGAGUGUGUGCACACGCGUCUGUGGCGGAGGUGUGCAAGAGCGUUCUCGCGAAAUACUCCUCCCCCCUGGACCCACGGCCGCACCCUGUCCCGCACUCCACGAUGUGCGAGGCUGCAACUUGCAGCGCUGCCCCGAAGACGUCUGUCAAGACAAUCCGCUGCUCGAAACUAGCGGCGUUGGCUGCGCCAUACUCAAGACGCAAGGUUGUCGAACAAAUUUGUUGCAGCUCGCCGAGAAACAUGGUGUAGCCGUACCACCCGGGAUCCCGCCGGAGGCGCGAGUGCAGGACGCUUGUCCCGAGACCUGCGGCGUGUGCGAACAGUGUGCUCCUGACUGCGAACUUCGCGACCUUGGAAAUACUGUCUGCACCGAUGCCUGCAACGUGGAGGCCUGCCAGUUCGACUUGGGCGAUUGCGGGGCAGAUUGCACUCUGGAUGACCUCCACGGACUCCUUCCGCUCUCUGCCGGGACUGCGCUCAACGUGGAUGCCGUAGUCGAACUCGCCUGCCCAGCCGGCGAACGUGUGCAAGCCUUCGAACGCUUGCACACACUCACCGCCGCCUGCGACGCCAACAAACAAUUGGUGGCUCCCGAACUCGACAAUUUGCCGCUAAACGACGUCUCCUGCGCAACGGACCACUGCCCCUUCGUACUCGUCGACGGCCUCGGCGGUGCUUACGACGGCUUCUACCAUCGUAAUGACCUCACCCUCAACACCUACCAGGACUACAUCAAGCAAGUCGGCCUCCAGUACCUCGGCCUGGCCUUCCUCCCAGACCUCACCAGUCAACACCAACAUGGUCAGGACGUAGAGGAGGGACGGUGGUUAUUCGCGGGCGCCGGGGGAUUGUGGCAAGAGAUGCCGCAGUUUUUGAGUGCGCCGUGUCGAGUGUUGCAGGCUCACCCACUUCGCACACCCGCGAUCGACUGUCACGGCGGCGCGUUCUAUCGCAACCAAGGCACGCCGUACCCCGAACUUUCAGCCCGCGAUCUGUCGCUUUCUACGCGCGAUGGCGUAGUCUUCGGCGACCAGUUCACAGUAUCGAUAACGUGUGUACCACUACUGCCCGAGUUUGCCGAUCAACCGAGUCUAAGAACCGGGCUUAAAACAGGACCGCAGUCAUCGAUUCCGUUGGCCUGUGAAGAUGUGCGACUGGUGGAGCAAGUGGCCGGGUUCUCAUGUCAACAACUCGUGUCCUCGCUCGGCUGCGACUACCGUCUAGCCGACUCCGGCCAGGCCUUACCGCCCAUUCUGCCAGCAGCUGCUAAUGUUGCCUUCGUCUGUCCCGGCUCCUGCGGACUCUGCGCCCAAAGCUGCGCCGAUGACUGCACUGACUGGUUCGUGGGCAACGGCUUUUGUGACUCCGCCUGUAACGUGCCCGCCUGCAGCUUCGACGGGGGUGACUGUCGUGAGGACGUGCCGCCCCAGCCGGAGAGAGAACUGGGUCAAGAGGCGGUGGCGGCCACCACGACCAAGGUGGCCGCGACGUCCAAGGUAGCGGCCACACAGGCGGCUACAACCAAGGGUGUAACGGCGACCUCCAUGUUCCAGGCGACUAAAGGCGUGGACGCAGAGAACUGUGAAGACGACUCAGUGGUGACGGACAUGGGCUUCAGUUGCGCGUUGUUGUACAUGGCUAGUAAGCUUAAAGGUGACUGCACACAGACGAUCGUGAAUCUUGCCCGGAGUCAAGGCCUAACAAUCAGUUUACCGGCAGGUGUGCCAGCAGACACGCGUGUGUUAGACGCAUGUCCGGUUACGUGCCAGGCGUGCGACCAGGAGCGGUACCUGCGUACGGAAACUUCGCUCGACGUCGUGCCCGUCGACUAUAGCGCAGUGGGUUGUAGUGACAACGACGAGUUGGUACAGUCGUAUGCCUCGCUGACCUGCAGCGAGGUCACACAUCUGCUGCCUGACUGUUCGGUCUCAGUCUCGAGUCUAGGCUACCUGCCCGAGGGCGUCCCGGAUAGUCUGACGCUGGCUACACUCUGUCCUUUAGCGUGUGGGGUGUGUUUGAACCCGCGCGCACCCGGAUAUAUGUGUCACGACUUUGGCAUUCUCGAAACAAUGUCCGGAUUCACUUGCGCGCAGGCGGUGGGUCUGCUGGGCAAGACCACCUGCCAGAAAGCCCUCAACUCCUUCGGAUACGAGUUACCUGCGGCACUACCUUCGAACUUGGUACUGGCAGAUCUUUGCGGAACUAGCUGCGGUGCGUGCGAAGAUGAGGUCUCACGUGUGAAAAAGCUGACUACGAGCCCGGGUAGUUGCAAUGAUGAGGCAUUUGUGUACGAUGUGACAGGUCAUGAGUGCCACGAAUUUGUGACUUUAAGCGGGGUACGUUGUGGAGACACAUUUUCAUCUCUGGGUUACCUGCUGCCGGCGCAGUUACCUACUGAUCUGGCGGUGGGUACCGCGUGUCCGGUGAGUUGUGGGUCGUGUAUCUUCCCCGUGGGGGAUUGUAUCGAUUCGCCUGUAGUGACUGAGAACUUUGGUGCCAGUUGCGAAGCACUGGUCGCUGAAGUGGGUUGUGCUGUUACAAUCGAAGCCGCACUACCCCGACAUGACAGCACCAUGUUCGAUGAGUACACUGUGGGCCAACUGUGCCGUGUAGCUUGCGGUACGUGUGGCACGACCGGUGCCGGAGUGUGUGAAGAUCUUGCCUCAAUCGCGGCGGCAGGCUUCUCAUGUACGAUGCUAGUACAAUACGCCGACCAAGGAUGCGGCACGCCGCUGCUGAACCUACUGGGUCGUACGGCCACGUAUAUCCCAGCGGCAGCGCAAUUGCAGGAUGGAUGUCCUGCUACUUGCGGCUUGUGUGCCACUGAGGACACCUACAGCAUCCCGCCCGUCUGUGAGGACAGUUCGCUACUCUCGGCCGUGAACAUGGGUUGCGACCAGGUGCUGCAACUCGCUGGCGGCGGUGGGCUCGGUUGUGUGGCGGACCUGAGUGAGAUCGCGAGCUCGACAUCCUUCGGGAGCAUGAUCCCGGCGGGAUUAAAGGUGAAUGAUUUAUGCAAACGGUCGUGUCUGAUGUGCGACACACCCUCAUGUACCGACGGUUUCCAGAACGGCAGCGAAGAGUACAUCGACUGUGGCGGCAAAGAUUGUCGGCCGUGUCGUGCGUGUCGAGCAAACGACCUCAAGACCCUCGGCACAAACGUAGUCGCCGUCGACACUUCCGCCUCUGGCUCUCUGGCCAACGGCGCAACUCGCACCGUGAAUUGCGCGCCGGGCUUCCACUACUCGCUCGCGGCGGAGACUCUCGUCUGUCGAGACGGCGUCUGGUCGACACCCAAGGGGAAAUGCGAGGAAGACACAAUCGAAGUCUGGCGCUUCACACUCGGACUGACCCAUGGUGAAGACUUCGGAUAUGACUUUGUUCAAAAUCUAGCCGAGGCAUUAGAGAGCCUUUUUAGCCUCGUCAGCGACGCGAUCCACAGCGUACGCAUCCUCCGUGCCGGCUCUUGCGCUGCCCUGGCGACUGCAGGCGCAGACUCCGACGAUUGUGAAGACAAUGCACUCGUGCAGCAGACUGGUUUCGGCUGCGAUAUGCUUGCAGGAUUCGGUUGCAACAACAUCUUAAGUGAGCUUGCCGGCUCUGCCGGUGUGUCCAUGCCAGCCGGCAUCCCUGCUGAGGCGACCGUGGGUGAUGCGUGCCCCAAAACAUGCGACAUGUGCGCCGAAGCCGCCGCUCGACUCGCCCAACUCGCAGCCGAAAGCGCCGCGGGACCCCUCGGCACUGACUGCUUUAAGGCCGACGUAGCUGUGGACACAUCCUUGGACCUGCCAGCACUCUUCAAUGCGACGCUCGGCGGCAUCCACAACGUCGAGCGAGUUCUGAUAGCCGCAGUCAAAGACUCUGUAACUGCGCAUAACUCUACUCUUCGGACCACCUGGACCGACAAUCAACUUGGCAGCGCACAGAAGGAGCUGACUACGGCACUUCGCUACAUCGAUGGCCGUCCCGUCUCCCUCCUCCUCUCGCCUCCGGAAGCCGAUUCCGCCGGUUUCGAUACAGACGCCGCAACGGCCACGGACACGGACGAGCCUGCAGUCGUGCGAUCGAACGUCACUCUUUCCGCCUGGGCCCGUGGCGCCAGCAUGGGCGACGGACUGGAGAGCGCUCGUGACGUCUUCGUGGGUCGUGGAUUGCAGCCGAGUCUAGACUUCUUGAGCUACGAAGAAAUCGUGGCUCAACUCGAGCCUAGCUUCGACCUGGCCGAGGUCUCAGACCUCGACGGCGUCCAGCGACUCGACGGCUACCUCUUGGCCACCGGUCCUGGUGCAGCCAUUCUGGACGGAUCGCUUUUGAGCAACAUCGCCUCCUGCGUUGACUCGGCCUCUGCGAGCAGCGGCGGCGAAGAUGAUGACAGUGGAGACAGCUGCUGCGCACUCAGAAACGAGUUCUUCGACUUCCUCGCCGCCUCUGAGUGCGGACCCUGGCUGAUGGGAGAGGUGGUCGACGAGGCCGAGCUUCAGAGUCUCUGCGUCGUCGCCGCACCGCAUGGCCCCAUGGCCGGCAUUGGCAGCUGCUACUACCGCCUGAAGACUAUGCUCAACAAGUACAAGACGCAGGGCGCCGCCACUUGCGAUGGCGCCCGCGUCCUCAUCAGCCUCCUGGACGCCUGGUGCACCAAAGACCCCGUGUCCAAAGCCUACUGCAUGACUACCUUCGAAGAGGACCUGGCCACCCUCAGUCUAGACACAUUAGCUCUCAAACUCAGCGACAGUCUUGAAGAGGUCUGCGCACCCGACAGCUGCAUAAGGAACCAUGUGCGAUACAUCUCACACAUCACGCAUCUCAACGUCGGCUGGGGCCUUCUGACACACUUCGAGUCAGGCUCUGGCAGAAGAAGACUUCAUGUAGAACCGCAGCGGGAGGAGUCGCAGCGCGAAGGACGACAGCAGAAGUGGCCAAUGGAGAGGUGGUCUUCUCAGAUCCUGGAGCUGGGUGAGCGUGCUAUGACCCUGGACACUGGCUAUGAUGGCGUUUACGCUGAGAGUGGUCACAACUAUGACAGUAGUCGACGGCGGCUGGCGGAGACGGAGGCGGAAUCGAAGAUUCUGCCAUUGCCUGAUGCAGGCCAGGACAUCUUAGAUCUGGUGUGUUUCCAAGCGCACGGUGGUUUCUGCCAACAUACGUUACAAUUACUGACGAGUGCAAAUCCAGUAGAUGACCCGGCGGUGCCUGCGCCAUGCAGCAGUCCUUGUUUUGCUCCGUUGAUGAGUAAGUUGGGUAACAUUAUCGAGCGACAAGGUCGCGCAAUCGCAUCGACUCGACACGCGGUUUUGGGUUCUGCCUUAUCGAGUUUCGGCAAACACGCGUGUCAGACCAAUCAGAAAGGCGAGCUGUGCCACAACGUGUACACACCACCAGCGGGUUGGAAUCCGGAAUUGUUGGAUAUUGCUCGCGGAGAUCCGACAUAUGACGCAUCACAGUGUACAUGUAGCUCGCUCUUCCUCGGCGACGGUACUUGUGACCGACAGUGUUUCUCGCCUGCUUGUGCUUACGACGGUGGUGACUGUUUCGCCGAGGCGCUGUUCCCUAGCUUCCUAUCCAGCCUUUUGGGUCCGCUCUGUGUUACCGAUAUUACGGACCCUUGUCUACCCAUUUCGCCGACCUUUACCUGCACAGAUACCUGCAAGCAAAAAAUGCAAGCCUGCAUCGCCCAAUAUGGAUGCUGCUACACUAACGCCCUCGAGACGCUCAAGAACAUGUUUAAGGCAGAAGCUGAUGUAAUUGAUAAAGUCGAUGCAAUCAAACCACUUCAAAACAACGCACUCCGUUGGCCCGUGACCAGUUCUGGCACCUCAGUCAACGCAGACUUUGUCACAGACUGGUCCAUUGCCUCGCUGGAGCAACAGUGCUCCUUGGCCCUCGACCGGAACUGCGUCAAUGAAGGCAAAACCACUGACUUUGUAGUUUCGGUAGACAUAGGCAACAUGCAGUUCAACGCAGGAUCUGCAAACCCGGGCUAUCUCCAGUCCGCGAACUUGUCUGGUCGCAUGCUGCAGGCUGCACGACCUACUGUCCGGUCGCCCAGCCUUGGCUGGAGUGCAUAUGUGGAUCGCGCUCAGGAGCAGAGCGAAGUGACUCGUCCGGCCGUGACGCGACACGUCGCGCUCGAGCUGACUGCCGAGCACGGCGGUGACCGCAGUGAGCGCUCGCUGGCCUCUGCGAUUCGCCAGUUGUCCGACUCGGUGGAGACGUCGAUUCAAUCCGUAAAUGAAUGGCUGAGAAGUUCAGCGGCGCGGUCAGCGUUUGCGAACGUCUUUGGCGUGAUCCCUGAGGACGUGAGUCGCGUAUGGCUGCAGCCUUUGGCGGACAGCUCGGCUUUAUUGGUUCUAAGUCUGAAGCCGGGCAAUGACGUGGCGGCGGUGGCAGCGAUUCGCGCGCUCCAGGCCGCCAGUUCGAUUCCUAGCUCUGUAACAGCCGGUUCGGCGGCAACGAAUUCGGUAGUCCCCGGUUCAGCGGCCCCUGGCUCAGUCGCUGGUCUGGCGAGUACGGAGGAGAUUACGGCCCGCGCGAUGAUGGACGAACUGGUGCGUAUUUUACUACGUGCGCCAGGUGUUAACGAACUGCGCAGCGAGGCUGCAGUGGGCGCAAUUCGAGCGGACAUCUGGGACGAAACGGUAACGGUGGAGAAGGCGGGUCGGGCGAAGACGGUGGGUGUACCCUUGGGUGCUUGGGGCGUAGAUCCGGCCAGGACGCGGGCGGAUGGUUGUUCAUUGAAAAUGCUGCAAAAGGCGCUGGGGGAUUCACAGGUAGCGAGCACGAACGUGAAGAGUGAGUACGAACAUGGCGACCAGGUGGCCACAGUGUGUGCGGCGCAGUUUGUGUCGCCCACAUCACAGGCUACGGGUGUGUGGCAGUGUGUGGCAGGGGUGUGGGUUCGCACGACCCAGUUCUACUGCGACCGCGCGUGCGAACGCGACGUGAUCCCCGCGCUGGGCUUGGCUGCGACCAGUGUGGCACUGCAGCCUGUGUCCAAAAACACGGACACUGCCUUCACGGCAUUGCCCCCGGGCGCCAGCUUCGCCGCCACGGACUCUUACCGACCCGGGGACGCCGUGCUUCUCGGCUGCCGUGAAGGCCUCAGUGUCGACGUCUCCACCGGCCUGCUCGGCGUAGUCGCCACCGUCUGCCGAGGCGGCCGCUGGUCACCUGUCCAACUCGACUGCCAACCCUCCUGUCCCGCCGUACCCGCCUUCGCCGAAGCAGAUGUGCAUGCCUACGCACUGGCCGGAAUGGAUUCUGUCUUUGGUGCCACGCGGAACGUGAGUUGCGCAGAAAAUUACUUCGCUAAUCCACCCACCUACGAAGGCCAGUUCGAGAUCGUCCAGUGCAAACAAGACGCACUCUGGAGCAGACCCAGCUUCAAAUGUGUUCUUGGAAUUGCCGUUGACCCCUCCGGCAACCCCAGCACCGUUCAGAAGAUGCUGACCACACUCUUCUCCAGAACCGGCGUUAUCAGCCUGGUCAUCUUUGGCUGCGUCGCAAUCGUUGUGGUGAUACUCAUCGCCCUCUUCUGGAUCUUCUACUACAAAUCCAGAGCCGAUAUCGCCUACUCCGAACGCAAGAAGCUUCUGCAGGAAUAUCUCACCUCCACCAUGACCGCUGAAGAUGAAAACACCUUCCAACCUCAGCAUACUGCACCCCGAUUCCCGAACGCCGCCGCCGACCGCUGGGAAGGAGAAUCAGCAUGCUCAGAAGCGACAGAUAAGGCCCUUUUCCCCGCCGCCAUGUGCGCUGGCUGGACCGCACCCUUCCCCGCCUUCAUUUCGGGGCUUUUCGAUGAUAUAGUUAGACGUGUGUUUUAUGGACAAUAA